AAGUGUCAUUUAACCAAACGCGAUGUCGAGUCUCCCCAUUUGCGCGAUAGCACUAUUCGCUUUGUUAUUUAUUACAUUAACGUUUUUAAAGGACAACUGGAAUUUACAUGUACAUGGCAGGGAUCUUGCCAAUGAAAUUCCUCAUUUGAAUUCUGUCUCCUAUAAUAACUCCUUGGAUAAAGAACUCCAGGAGCGGCGCAAGGAACUUUUGAUUUACUACGCCGUAUCUGGGAAUAAGUCCGGGGCGCUGUCGAAAAAGAAUGUACUUUCGUCAAGGAAUGAAUGGGUUGCGCAGAUCAAGGAGAGUAUAAUGUAUGUUGCUACAAUAAGCGAUGAAAUUGGGUGCGAUCAACUCCGUUACAUAAAAAUUGUGGAUUUCUUAGGCGCGGGAUACACCAAGGCAGUGGUAAAAGGCGUUUUGCCGAAAGGAUUUCCCGUUGCGCUUAAAUCUGUGAACGAGAAAGGGACUGACAUCAGAAGAUGUCUCGAGGACUUUAAAGACUUGGAAGGCUGUCGCGAACUUGUGUCUUACAAAUUGAUUAAGGAAAUAGUUUUGUUACAGCGACUACGACAUCCAAACCUUAUCAAGCUUCAGGGACACUGCCUGUGGAGCCUGCGGGCUGGGGCAGUCACAGCUGCCUUUGAGCAAGGCUCCCCUCUUCAGAUGAUCGAGCUUCUCCAGAGCCCCUGGGAGGAACGGUUUCGGGUAUGCUUGGGUCUGGUGAGGCUACUCCACUACCUCUCCCUGUCCCCGCUGGGGUCUGUGGCACUGCUGGACUUUCAGCCGCGGCAGUUUGUCCUGGUGGCUGGGGAGCUCAAGCUGACGGACCUAGAUGAUGCCAGUAUUGAGGAGCCGAUGUGCCAGACUAGGGCAGACUGUCUCCUGCAUUUUCCUAUCAGGAACUUCAGUAUCCCAUGUUCUCCAGAGGGAGUGUGCCAGGGACUGAAUGAGAAAAGGAACCUCUACAAUGCCUACAGGUAUUUCUUCAUGUACCUGCUUCCACACCAGGCUCCACCCACACUGAGGCCACUGAUUGAUCAGAUCAUGAACUUGACUGGGGAGCUGAAAAAUAAUGUGAGCAAAACCAGGAAGGCCUUUGAAGAGAUCCUGCACCUGUACAAGUCUGGGCUUUACCUACAGAACCUGCCACCAUCUUCAGUUGAAGAUUACACGGCCCUGCGGGGCGUGAGGGCCUCAGGGGGUGGGGUCUAUCGCUGCUGGCCCUCCUACAGCCAAAAGGCCUGUGUGCUAUCUGUAUUCAGCGUGCGCGAAGCAGCCUUCAUCUGCACCUCACACCCUCACUGCUCCAGCUUCACCCUCGGAGCCCAGGUUACCUGGACAGGACGGCGGCUGGUCUACUUCAGAACUGGUUUCAGUGAUCUCGUACCAGAUGUGGAUUCCAUCGUGUACAUAAAAAAAGCCCAAAGCCUGAGGACCGAAGCCGACUGAGAAGCAGCAGUUUGGAUCGCAUGGUGGCUGGGGCUGUCUGGAAUGUCUGAAACAAAUUAAUAUUAUAUAUUUAUAUGGAUUUUGUUCCAUGGCUGUUUGAUCUGACUGCCAAUCCUCUGGACUGCCAAGAAGUAUUUAAAGGUAUUUCCCUCAGGGUACAAUUAUCAAAAAGAAAAAAAAAACACCUGAAUUUCUCUCUUUCCCUUGUUUAUUGUGCAUGCAGGGCCAUGUUCAGUGGCUGGGGCUGGGAUUUUUAAGAACACUCCUAGUGCUAAAGACUUGAGGAGAAACAAAGUGAAAACAUGCUUGUAUUCAAAUGUAAUGUAACGUUAAUGAUAUCUGAAAUAAUGUGAGUCCAUGAUGGAUUUCCAAAUAUAUGUGCAGAGCUGCAUUUUAACAAUCAGAAAAGUAUUAAAACAUCAAAAGUGAACAUAUGCAUGUCACAUCCCUGAUAUACACCAUUUUUUAAAACAAGAAGUUAAAACUGCUUGAUAAAGAUUUCAUGUGAAUUAAAUGUAUGUAAAUUUUGCAUUUGAUGUUUAUUUUU